AUGAAGAUAAUUAUAUAUUUUUGCAUCUGGACAGUAGCAUGGGCCAUUCCAGUUCCUCAAAUCAAGCCAUUGGAGAGACAUGCUGUUGACAAAUCUGUGAAUUUAAAUCUUCUAGCAGAAUUGAAAGUGCCGAUACAGGAUGAGUUAAAUGCCAAUGAUACCACCAAAAAAAGUGGUGUCCUCCUGCAUGAAAAUGAAAGAGGAAGGCAACAGUACACCAAAGAUGGGUACAAAGGAGAGAGAAAUGGUUCUGAGGGGGCAGAAGUGGGAGAGAAAAGUUCUUCUGCACGUUCCAUGUUAGCAAAUGAAGAGGGGAAUACUGAGGAUCUGAAUGGGGGCAAAGGAAAACCAGAAACAUAUGGUCAUGAUGGGCUCCAUCAAGAAGACAGCACCACAGCAAAUGGCGUCAGGGGACAAGUAAGCAUCAUCGACAGUGCUGGAACAGCAAAUGGGAGCAAUAUUAAUGAGAUUACUGAGAACAAUUCCCAAAAUGGGGGUGUUGGAAAUGCAAGUCAGAGUGAAGAUGCCACUGUUGUCCAAGAAGAUGGACGUCAAGGAGCUGGAAGCAAUAAUGGCACAGGUCACGAGGAUGAAAUAAGUGGGAAUUUCUGUAGAAAUGGGGGUGAUACAAAUGAAGAAACACCUCAGAGAGAAGGCGAGAGCAACGGGAAUGAGGAGACAGGGGUAACACCAGGGGAAAGUGGAGAUAGCAAUAGAGAAGAUGUUGCCUUGGACAAUUCUGAUGGAAGUCCUAGUGGGGAUGGAGCAGAUGAAAAUGAAGACAAGGGCUCUGGUGAUGAUGAAGGUGAAGAGACAGGGAAUGGAGAAAAAGGCCCUGGUAACAACAGCAAGGGCCAAGAGGGUCAACCUCAUGAAACAGAAGGUGACGAUGACAAUAGCUUAGGUCAAAAUUCAAUUAGUGGUGAAGCUGAUGACCCUGCGGACAAAGAAGACACCCACGCCAUUGAUGGACACAACACCUCCAAGAAUGAGGACGAUUUUGACGGUAUUUCAGGAGACAAUGGUAGCCAAAAAAUAGAGGACACUCAAAAACCCAAUCACAGAGAAAGCAAAGCUGUGGAAAAUGGAAUCACUGAAAAAUUAGAGCCACCUGCUAUUGGGAAGAACCAAGUUAAGGGAAUAGAAAUGGAAUGUCCCAGCAGUGGCAACAGAAACAAUAUUACCAAAGAAGCAGGGAAAAUGAAUGAAGAUAAAGAGAGUAAAGGCCAACAUGGAAUGAUAGUGGGCAAAGGAAAUGUCAAGGCACAAGAAGAGGUUGACGUCAUGCAGGGACCUGGCCAGAAAUUAGAACCUCAAGAUAAGUUUGGACCCAGCAAAACAUGUAGUGACAGUAACAGUGAUGGCUAUGACAGUUAUGAGUUUGGUGAUGAAUCCGUGCAAGGAGAUGAUCCCAACAGCAGUGAUGAGUCUAAUGGCAGUGAUGAUACCAAUUCUGAAGGUGACAACAACCACAGUAGCCGAGGAGAUGCUUCUUAUAACUCUGAUGAAUCAAGUAAUAAUGGCAAUGACAGUGACUCAAAAGGAGGAGAAGAAGGUGAUAAUGAUAACACAUCAGAUGCUAAUGAUAGUGGUGGUGAUGUCAAUGGUGACAUUGGGAGUGAUAAGAAUGGAAAAUCAGGCAGCACCAAAGAUAACUCAGACAGCAGUGACAGCAGCAACAGCAGUGACAGCAGUGACAGCAGUGAUAGCAGUGACAGUAGUGACAGCAAAUCAGACAGCAGUGACAGUAGUGACAGCAGUGAUAGCAGUGACAGUAGUGACAGCAAAUCAGACAGCAGUGACAGUAGUGACAGCAGUGAAAGUGACAGUAAAUCAGACAGUGACAGUAGUAACAGCAGUGACAGCAAGUCAGACAGCAGCAACAGUAGUGACAGUAGUGACAGCAAAUCAGACAGCAGUGACAGCAGUGACAGCAGUGACAGCAGUGACAGUAGUGAAAGCAGUGAUAGUGGUGACAGCAAAUCAGACAGCAGUGACAGUAGUGACAGCAGUGACAGCAGUGACAGUAGUGAAAGCAGUGAUAGUGGUGACAGCAAAUUAGAUAGCAGUGACAGUAGUGACAGCAGUGACAGCAAGUCAGACAGCAGCAACAGUAGUGACAGUAGUGACAGCAAAUCAGACAGUAGUGACAGCAGUGACAGCAAAUCAGAUAGUAGUGAUAGCAGUGACAGCAGUGACAGUGACAGCAGUGAUAGUGACAGCAGUGACAGUGCAUCUGACAGUGGUGAUGAGAGUGACAGCAAGAGCAAGUCUGGUAACGGCGACAACAAUGGAGGUGGUAGUGACAGUGAUAGUGACAGUAAAGGCAGUGACAGUAAUCACUCAACCAGUGAUGAUUAGAACUAAAGAAAACUCCACCAGAUUCCUUCUGUGAACAACCUGGUGAGUAAUUAAUAGGAAAUAAAGAUUUCUAAGAAGGUAAACAAAGGGGAGAAAUAAAAGAGAAGACAUAUGUAAACAACAACAGAAACAACAAGAAAAUAGUCAAAUUGUCAGAUUCAGAGCCAGGUCUGAACACCCUCAGAGAGAGAAUCUGUGUACCCGCGUGUUAAAUAUAUUCAGAAAAGAUUUUGUUAAAAGUGUAAAUGUAAACAUAGAAGAAUGACUAAAAUAUUCUUUAGUAUUUUACACAGAAACCUCAAGUAAUCACAUACUAAAUAACUUCAAUUUAAAUGCCAAGUGCUUUAGAGAAUGUAGCAAGUAAACACAUCUUAAUGCCUUAAUCUUUCAGUAAUUAUAUAUUCUGGAUAGAUGGUCUGCUUACCUCUGAGUAAAAGAUGCUGUUACCAUGAUCUCCAGCUUGGCUACAAUUCAUCUGCUUGUUCUAAGGAAGAAAUACACUUGCAACAUGAAAAAAAAAUCACAGCAACGAUUUAACCUACCUGGACCAUGGGAAUAAUCUUUGUAAUUAGUGAAUAGAGUAAUUACAAAUUAUGGAAAUUCUAAAGAGCGCUAAGCAGGAAAGAAUUCAGAGGCUGGUUUAAACAAAACCUCACGUAUAGUAUCACAUUCCUGCAAGGUGCUGGAAAUGGAGCAUAACGUCCCCAAAACUACUGACAAAACUGAGGCAGUGCUUAGAAUGUGCUCCAACUAUUAAUAAAUAAACUCAUGAAUGAAGUGCUCCUGGAGGGGAUGCACUUUUUGAACUCUCUGUUCAGAAGUCUGCUAAGUGGAAUCAGUUAUUUGUCUUCCACCUCAGUCUCACCAAGCCAAACUUGGUUCACAUUUGCCUUUAAACCCCUACAAACCCAAAAUACCAAAUCAGACUCUGAGACUUCCUUCUUAUUUUAAUCUCUUUGGUAAAGCCCACAGCUGCUUUGGAAACUACUCUUUUUUAUCUGAGAGUCAUACAUGCUGCUAAAAUCUGAACAUGGGUUCUUCAGAUUUUGCACAAAUGAGGGUACUUCUUAGUUUUGAGAUGAAGCCCUAACCCUAGAACAUGAGGAUCUUAAAGGUGUAUGAAACUAGAGCGUGAUAUUUAAUAAGGUGGAUAAUCAUUUAUCCCCAAACUAGGAUACCCUUGAGAAUGAAAGGGCUGCUAUGAAUAAUUACCCAGGGACUGGAGGUGUAAAUUUGGCUUAUCUGGGACUCUGGGAGAUAUAAUGACCAUAAGCAUAAGCCUUUAGGGUAUUAUUCAAGAUUUAGUGAGUGAUGAUUUGUGAUAUCUCUCUUCCACUUAGGUAAUUAUUUUAGAUUUGUUCUAAUUCAAAGGUAAAAUUCUAUACGGCGAAGUGUUGAAUGCAACUUCUUUAAUGUUAAUUUUCAGCCAGUCAUUAGCUGACUGGUUGAAAAUUUUAUGCUCUAUUAUAGGGCAUAUUUACACAAAGAGUUUCAGUAGCUUUUUUUUUUCCUGCCUCCUUCCUCCUUUAUGCAUGAGUUUCUUAGUUAAGAGAUCAAUAUUGCAAGUAAUAUUGCUGAAGGCUUUCAAAAUACUGCCAUUUAUAAACUACUUGGUAACUCCUAAUACUGUAAAAUUUCAAGUUUCUACUAUAUCGUAAUCAUGUACAUGACUCCAAACUUCUUUCCUUAAACUGUGCUCUAGAGUUUUAACUCCUUUAGCCCUUUUGUCUUUUUCCAAUUUGUAAAUUGUGGCUUCUAGUAACUGUCCUACCUAUUUCGAAAGGUUGUUAUGAGCUCUAAGUCAGGCAAUGGAUAUGAAACUCUUUGUAAAUUAUAUAAUAUAUGUAA